AUGCCAAGAUCGAUUGCUCAGUCAUCAUCGACACACAGCAGCAAUGUGGCCUCUUCGUCAGCUGGGGUUACCAGCAGUUCUAGUGAUGGUGCUGGUGGUGACAACCGAGAUGAGGCUGCAGCAGCGGCGGCUCGGGAAGCUGAACGCAAAGCCGCCGAAGAGAGGCGCCACCUUCUGGACCAGGUUGCACGCCGAGCACUCUUUGAGCUCUGUAUGUUAUUCUGGGAAGCCCACGUCAAGUUUCGGGUUUCUGACGGACGAGCAGUCAGAGCGAGAGUGGAUGCACAGCGACGCAACUGGCAGCAUCUUGAACCCGGAGAUGUAUAUGCCAUCCUGGCGCCACAGAUGGAACAGCAGGAGUUCGAACGGCUGCAUGAGGAGUAUGGAUUUUUGGGAGGACUCUUUGACCAAGGAGUGCGAGAAAACGAUGAAAGUUGGAUCUGCUCCACCGGCGCAUCUGCAGAUCCUCCGAAGCAUUUAUACUUCCAGCACCUCAGCCGACUGGCCCAGCCAAACUUGCAGAGGGGCAUGGUGGGUCACAGAGCCCGUGCGCUCAUGGCCCGGCUCAUGGAGCUGCUGGAGAACAAACUGUAUAUCCCCGCCAUGUAUGCCCUAUUUCCUCUGCUCGGAAUGGAUGGACAACGUUCCGACAGCCGCAGCGAGAUCAUCCAGCGGCCUAUGGUUCGCGACGGCGACGUGCUCGCGGCCCACCUGGCCUGCCGGCACGUGCAACGUAGGCUUGUCAAAGUUCGGUGGCACUGCCUCACACUGCCCACCUACUCACCCGGCCUUCCGUCGGGCAAAGCGGUGCCCGCUUCACUCCCACCGGCGGUGCUGUGGAAAGAGGCGGCCGACCUGAUGGCGCCUGACAUUGCAGUGCAAAUUAACAGCUGGCUGGCUGAUAUGCUUGCCAAAGCAAUCGCUGUUAUUCUCAAGCAGAGACUGCAGCCAGCUGCUGACGCGCUCUUGUCGGAGUUGCCUCAAUUCGCCUACCUGCAGAACAGAUCGGCUCAGCUGGAUCGAGCGUUCACGCACUGCUGCCACGUUCAGUCGAUUCUGCGCGCGCAGACAGCCACACCACAAACCCGAUACCAGGGGCACACCGUCCUGCCCUGCAGAGGUGGCAUCACAUUAAGUGUAGAUCUGCGAAAAGCGUUUGACCUAAUGCCCAGAGCCCAUCUCUUGACGGCCCUACAAAACUCCAAAGCCGAUCCAGCGCUGGUGUGGACAAUAAUGUCCCUGCGUUCGCAUGCGCAAAUGCAAUUUUCCUUCGGUCCGCACAAAACCACCAUUGACACAGAGAAUGGUAUACGCCAAGGGUGUGGGCUUGCACCCACCCUGUGGUCCAUGUUUACUGCGGUGGUCAUGGUUCGCCUUCUGGAACAGCUCACGCCAGAGGAACUGUCAGCGUUUGCUGACGACUGGCUCUUUCAAUGGGUCAUCAAUAAGCCAGAGGAUGUAGUUAGAGCGGUGCGAUUGGUCGGUUUUGUGCUGGAUGUUCUGCACGAAUUUGGGAUGCAGCCGAGCUUGGACAAAACAGUCAUACUUAUCAAGCUUAAAGGCAGCCAAGCCAACCGAAUCAUCAAGGAACAUGUGUCUCGCAAGCUUGGCAAAGGCAGGGUCAUCAAGAUUGCGACCGGAUCCGGACAAGUAGAGCUUCCUGUAGUUGAACAGCACACCUAUCUGGGCUGUCAGCUGAGCUACACCUGCUCUGAACUUCUUACGAUCAAACAUAGGGUUCGGCAAUCUUGGAACGUCUUUAACCGACUCCUGCCUUCACUGCGCAGCGCUGGCCUCACUCGUGCCCUCAAGUUGGAGGUUUGGCGUGCAUGUGCAUAUGCCAGUUUGAUGUAUGGACUGGAUUGUGUUGUGUCCUCGGGGGCUGGUUCGGUUCUUAUCAGCAAAACUGUAGCUAGGCAGCUGCGGAUGGUCAUCAAAGAGCCUGUCCAUCUUACCAGGGCGUCCGUUCUUCCAAUGCUGUCACACCCGGCUGACACCCAGGCGAAGCUGAUGGCCAAUAUGGAGGCGGAACUGCAGGACGAGCCUGGGACGGAGCUGUUGUCUGCCCAGAAGCAGAUGGCGCUGAUACAGAGCAUGGCCAAGAGCAAUCCCAGCGGCAAUCUGGGAGCGGGAGCGCAGCAAGUUCAGCAUGAGGAGGAACGGCUGAACACCUCGGAGCCCUCAGCCCCCUCUGCGCCGACACCGUCGCAAAUGUACACCAGCAACCGGGAACACAAGCGCGGCUUCCACACCGAGCAGCCGAAGGAGACCCCAUCCGGCAACGGCAAUGGUCACGGAAAGGGCCCCAACAAGUGGCCGAAGGCCAACUACAAAGGGGGACACUCCACAGAUGGUUCCGGCUGGGGAAGCCACAAGAACGACUACUGGAGCAAGCAGUCCUGGGACAAGGACAAGGACAAGGAAACCGCCCAACUGGCCAAGCUCUGUACCUCGAUGGCUCGCCUCGUUCUACGUCACGAGGACCAACAGUCGAUCGACCGCUCGGAGAAGGGAUUCAUUCUCUUCUGCCAAGCCAAGGGGCUCCUCUCCAUUGUCCCGGAUUUGAAGAGGACGGCGGAGGCCUGGACGCAGCAGAAGGAGCAGACACCGGAGCAGCUCACGCUCCCCAUGCGGUCAGCUCUCCUGCACCAGCUCGUGGAUGUCUGGUACACCAGAAUGGAGGCGGUUCCCCAGACGGAGGAAUCGCGCCAGAAUGCCAGGGAAAUGCUUAUCCUGGACAGCUCCGGCAACGUACCCUAUCUCCAGUACAACCGGGAGGAGCAGAGACUCGAGAUCAAGACGGACCGCGACCCAAUGACGCUGGAGCGCACCCUCGAGAUCCUCCGGGAGCUCAAGGACCUGGUGUUGCUGCCGCUGACCACACUGCGGUUCCAUGCGGCCCGACGGAGGGCCCUGCAGAAUCCGGGGGAGAUCGUUCCCAUGAUGCUGGAGGUGGGUCUCCGGACACCGGAGGCGGAUCGGGCAUGGAACAUCCUGUCUCGACUGAGCCACAGCGGAGCCUGCAGAGCAGUGGCGCUGAGUAUGCGCCAAGAACGCUGCUCGCCCAGAACCUGCAGAAGAUUCUCGAGGAACUGUCAGGGGCCUAGCACUAGGGAACACCAGUAA